AUGGAUACUCCACGUACUUAUACGCUCGGUCUAAUCCCGUCCUUAACGAGGAAUGCAUCCAUUUCACCGGCAGCCAAAAAACAAAAACUACCUGAUUUGCAACCAAUAGCCAUAAAGCCCGACCAGCAAUUACGACAUCGUAGUCCUAUUGAUCCAGAAUAUGAGGAUUCGAAAGCUAUUUACGAUGCAGUGGCUGCAUAUGGACAACCGUAUGUCACAACUUUGAACAAAUUGGACAAUUCUCUUACGAUGGAUAUCAAGUCGCCUUCUCCGGUGCAUACUCCAGACGAGUCUCCUACUGCUAAUGAACGAAUGAAUGCAAUUCCGAAAUUAGAGUCUCCUAUUACUACCAUGUCGAAUACGUGGGAUCGUAUGGUUGCUUAUGUUACUGCUCAACAUGAGAAUGGAGACGCUGCUGAUGGUUCAGCUGUUAAUGACACUACAUUGACAAGGAAGAAUACCGUGCUCUCGCUCUUGCGACGAAAGUCAAGCAGGAGGACAGCUGAUUCUGACAAGAAGCGUGGUGUUGAACUAUCAUGGCGUAAUUUGAACUAUGCCAUUCCCGUCAAGGGCAAAGACUUCAAGCACAUUUUGAAGGAUUUGAACGGUGCCGUCAUGCCUGGUGAAAUGCUGGCUAUCAUGGGUGGAUCUGGAGCUGGAAAAUCGACAUUAAUGGACGUUCUAAGUGGUCGAGCUCGAGGUGGACAAGCAACAGGCGAUAUCCGAUUUAACAAUUUCGCAUCAGAUGCUAUAUGGAGGAAAUCGAUUGGUUAUGUCCAGCAAGAGGACCUGUUUUGGGAGACCUUGACUGUUCGCGAGACACUGACAUAUGGAGCGGAGAUGAAGCUCCCAGAAUAUGUAACAAAGCAAGAACGGCUGGACCGUGUUGACAAGGUCGCCAUGCAAAUGCGAUUAUCCCAUAUUUUGGAUUCUCGUGUUGGAGAUACGAUGGUUCGUGGAAUAUCCGGUGGUGAAAGGAAGCGUCUUAAUAUUGCUAUGGAGUUGCUUUCUGAACCUGAUGUUAUGAUGCUUGAUGAGCCAACGUCUGGUCUAGAUGCAUACAACGCUCAAAUAGUAGUCGAUUUGUUGAGGCAGGCAGCCAAGGAUGGCAACCGAACCAUCUUGAUGUCAAUCCAUCAACCACGUCGAGAGAUUUUGGACUUGUUUGAUAAAGUGUUAAUUUUGGCUCGUGGUGAAAUCCUAUUUUUUGGAAGUGUUCCGGAGAGCAUUCAGCACUUUAUCAAAAUGGGACAUCCAAUUCCAGCAUUGACGAAUCCAGCUGAUCAUUUCUUGGACAUUGCCACCUUCGACACCUCUUCACCCAAAACACUAGAUACCUCAUCAAAACGAAUCGGAGCACUGGUUGAAACAUGGAAGGCAAAUUACGAGCCAAUGGCAUUCCCACCAUACAAGCAUGCCGUCGAAUAUCGCUCAAAAGACUCUGCAGAAUAUGACAAACCCGGUACAAUAUUUUGGAUACGACGAGUCUUGUCUCUCAUGUUCCGACAAUGGAAGAUGUAUCGUCGUGAUAGGGCGCUGAUAACGAUGGGUGUUGUGUCGAGUUCCAUCUUCCUCGUUCUUUAUGGAGUCUUAUGGUCACUAUUAUCAGUUUCAGAAGACGGAGCCAACUCCCGUCUCAGCUUCUUUUUCAUGUUUGCAUUGAAUCGAUUCUUUACUUCGAUAUUCGGUAUUGUCUUGAAACUUCCUUUACGAUUGAGUCUGUAUAUGCGUGAACGUGCUGGUGGGAUGUAUGAUGGAAGUAUGGCUUUCUGGGCCUUGUAUUUUGCCACAUUCAUGCAAUACCUGUGGCUAGCCUUCCCACUUAUGACAGCCAUAUACUUUAUCGUCGGACUCCAACUCGACAUUGUCAAGUUUGCCAUCUUCUUCAGUGCUGGCACUCUCAUGUACCUUAGUGGACAUACCUAUGGGUGCUUGUUUGGAUCUAUGACGAGAUCUGUCAGUGCUAGUUUGACAUACAGUUUGUUAUUACUGGGUGUGUUUGCUGCCUUUUCAGGAUAUAUUGUGGUUCCGUCUGCCAUUCCUCAGCCCCUAGUGUUCAUUGCUUGGUUGAAUCCGUUGUUUUUGGGAUACCAUAUUUGGGCACAAAACGAACUAGCCAGCCUCACUUGGACGUGUCUACCAACCGACAUCGUUUGCAAUGCAUCUGGAGAUGUCAUCCUCAACUCACUUUCGCUAUACUCUGUGUCAACUAUCGCCGCCUUCUGCAUGUUGGUAGUUGUUAUUGCUCUAUUUGCGACCAUUGCUUACGUCUUGUUUGAACGAUCUACUCGCCCUGCCUACCUGAAUGGAAUCACUGUUGAAGUGGCUACGAUCAAGAAGGAAUAA